AUAUUGCUAAUUAGAUCUUCGAUUUAGUCAAUUAAACUUAAUUAAUUAUACUUUAACGCUCAAUUAAAGUUAUUUUUCUUGAGACAUGUGUAUUUAUUUAUCUAUUUAUUUUCGGUACCAAAUGGAGACCUAAGCAUAUCCAUUCAUACAUUUUAACUUCUACUCAAAACCCACCGCCUACCCCCCACCAUUAAUCCGUUGUUUCCUCCCUCGACGUUUCUUCCCCGUUGCCAGCGAUCGAAACCAGUGCUCGGCGUCUCCUCUCUCUCUCUCUCUCUGUCUCUCGGUGAAGGAUCUCUUCAUCUGCCCUCUUUUCUUUUUGGAGUUCGAGAUUGCUUCCGUUGAUCGACGUGGUAAACGUUUGUGGGGGGGAGGGGGUAUCGGAUGUCGAUUGCAGGGGGUGAAUUUGGUCGCGGUGGGGAUCGACGGCUGAUUCGAGUGUGAGGAAAUCGGGCAUGGGUUUCUUUCCAGGCUGAUUGGAUCGGCCUUCUUGUUUCGGUGGUUUCGGUGGGAUCUUCCCUCACUUUGAUCUUUGUUUGGGGGGCGAAUAUUUCGGAGGGAAGAUGGGGUAUUUGAACUCCAUCAGUGGGCUUCAAGCAGACGGUGCUCCGGUCAGCGGGGGAGGACUCAGUCAAGAUGGGAAGUUUGGUUAUGGGUAUGCAAGCUGUCCGGGGAAAAGAUCUUCGAUGGAAGACUUCUAUGAGACGCGAAUUGACAGCGUUGAUGGAGAAAUUGUUGGCUUGUUUGGGGUCUUUGAUGGUCAUGGCGGUGCCCAAGUAGCAGAGUAUGUUAAACAAAACCUCUUCAGCAACUUACUCAGGCAUCCAAAGUUCAUUACCGAUACAAAAUCAGCUAUAGCUGAUGCAUACAACCACACGGACGCAGAAUUUUUGAAAUCUGAGAACAGCCAGAACCGAGAGGCGGGUUCAACUGCAUCAACAGCUGUCCUUGUUGGUGAUCGUUUGCUCGUUGCAAAUGUUGGGGACUCUAGAGCUGUCAUAUGUAGAGGAGGAGAUGGUAGGCCCCUCAUCCUUAAAUCAGUUCUCUUAUCAUCAAUUAUGUGUAACGGAUUUCUGUACUUAAUCUAGAACUAAACCGGCUCAAUUUAGAUGGAGUUUACUGCAUUUUUUUUUACUAACUGUAUUCUGACAACCCAACCUAUUUAAGAGCAAUAUUUAGAAUGUGACACCAGUGACAUCUAGGUUCUUAGGAUAUAUGUAGGUUCUAGACCAACAAAGUUUUUUGGCCUUCU